UUAAAUAAUGCGGCUAGACAGUGAUAAAGUGUUUUAAUUUUGGUUGAAUAUAGCAUAUGGUUUGUUCUGUCCGAAAAGUUGAAGAACAUGAGCCCUUAAAGUGGCUUUCCUCCCCUCAGUUCUCCAAGUUGAAGUGGUUCUCCUCCUCUCCAUUGCUAUGCUAAUCAGCCGUGCUGCUCUGAGCUCUGAGCUCCACACUGCACUGCACGCGCUCUGUCCCGUCUCAAGUUAGGAGAUGCUCACAGGACUUCUGUGUUUCUUCUUCUGAAAACACGUCCAUGUCUCAUCGCUUGACGAGACUCGCGGUUUGUUUCAUAGCUGUAACUGUAGCUGAAAUCUGUGGAAGUAUCUCCGUGUGUACUGAGCACCGAAUUUGAGGAAACUUUCAUCUUGGAAACUUUGAUCCGAGUGCGCGCGCCUCAAAGCGGACCCAUGAGUUUGGACCAAGUUGGUACUUUCGCAUAGAACUGGUAUUUCCCACAAUGAUGUUCUCCCUCCUGUGGCGCUGUGCCUCUGUCCUACUGGGCCUGUCAUGUUGCCUUAUGGGAGUGACGUCAUCGCUGAACCUGGAGGACCCUAACGUCUGCAGCCACUGGGAGAGUUACUCUGUCACUGUGCAGGAGUCGUACGCACACCCGUAUGAUCAGGUGUAUUAUACCAGCUGCACUGACAUCCUCACAUGGUUCAAGUGCACACGCCACAGGGUGAGCUACAAGACGGCAUACCGGAGAGGAAACAAGACCAUGUACCGCCGCAAGUCUCAGUGCUGCCCAGGUUUCUAUGAGAGCAAGGAGAUGUGUGUUCCACACUGUGCUGAGAAAUGUGUGCACGGCCGCUGCGUGGCCCCCAACACCUGUCAGUGUGAACCCGGCUGGGGAGGAGCCGAUUGCUCCAGCGCAUGUGACAGUAGUCACUGGGGUCCUCACUGCAGUAACCGGUGUCAGUGUAAAAACGGAGCGCUGUGUAACCCCAUCACGGGUGCAUGUAUCUGCACAACUGGUUACCGCGGCUGGCGGUGUGAGGAGCGCUGCGAGCCAGGCACCUACGGUAACAACUGCCAGCAGAAAUGCCAAUGCCAAAACAACGCCACCUGCCACCAUGUCACAGGGGAGUGCACAUGCAGCCCCGGCUAUACUGGAGCAUUUUGUGAGGAUCUGUGUCCUCCAGGCAAACAUGGGCAGCAGUGUGAGGAGCGAUGUCCCUGCCAGAACGGUGGAGUGUGUCACCACGUGACUGGAGAAUGUUCCUGUCCUGCUGGCUGGAUGGGAACUGUGUGUGGACAGCCCUGUCCCGGGGGUCGCUUUGGUAGGAACUGCUCUCAGGAUUGUCAGUGUCACAAUGGAGGAACCUGCUCUUCCUCUACAGGAGAGUGUUUUUGCAGUCCAGGCUACACUGGGGAGAGGUGCCAGGAUGAAUGUCCGAUUGGCAAGUAUGGCGUGAACUGCCGCCAGACCUGUCGCUGUGAAAAUGGAGCCACAUGUUACCACAUUAGCGGUGCUUGUCUGUGCGAGCCAGGUUACAUGGGCGAGAUGUGUGAAACCCGCAUCUGCCCAAAGGGCAUCUACGGCCUCAAGUGUGACAAAACGUGCCCAUGCCAUGCCCCAAACACCCAAAGCUGCCACCCUGUAUCAGGUGAGUGCUUGUGCCAGCCUGGUUGGUCAGGUAUCUACUGUAAUGAGACGUGUGCACCAGGCUUCUAUGGCGAGGAGUGUCAGCAGGUGUGUCAGUGUCAGAACGGUGCAGACUGCCACAGCGUGACAGGAGAGUGUGUCUGCGCUCCAGGCUUUCAGGGUGCAGAUUGCUCUAUACGCUGUCCAGCAGGGAUGUAUGGAGUAAACUGCUCCUCUGCUUGCACCUGUAAGAAUGGAGCCACGUGCUCAUCUGUGGAUGGAUCCUGCACAUGCAGAGCAGGCUGGCAUGGAGUGCACUGCUCUAUAAACUGCCCCAGUGGUACAUGGGGACUCGGCUGUAACCUCACCUGCAUGUGUGGGAAUGGUGGAGCUUGUAAUGCUCUAGAUGGCCAGUGUACCUGCGCUCCAGGCUGGAGAGGUGAACGAUGUGACGUACACUGCCAGGACGGGACAUAUGGUAUGGAUUGUCGAGAGCGCUGUGACUGCAGUCAUGCUGAUGGCUGUCACCCUACAACCGGACACUGCCGCUGUCUCGCAGGCUGGACAGGGAUCCACUGUGACAGUGUGUGUGCUGAGGGUCGCUGGGGACCAAACUGCUCUCUGUCCUGUAACUGUAAGAAUGGAGCAUCGUGCUCACCUGAUGAAGGCACAUGCGAAUGUGCUCCUGGCUUUAGAGGCACCACCUGCCAACGCAUCUGUUCUCCAGGUUACUUUGGGCACCGCUGCAGUCAGACGUGUCCUCAGUGCGUGCACAGCAAUGGCCCGUGUCAUCAUGUGACAGGCCAGUGUGACUGUCUCCCUGGAUUUAAAGGAGCUCUUUGCAAUGAAGUGUGUCCCAGUGGCAAGUUUGGGAAGAAUUGUGCCUGGACAUGUACCUGCACCAACAACGGGACGUGCAACCCCAUCGAUGGCUCAUGCCAGUGUUACCCAGGCUGGAUCGGCAGUGACUGCUCACAACCUUGUCCUCCUGGAUACUGGGGCCCAAACUGCAUCCACACAUGUAACUGUCAUAAUGGAGCAUACUGCAGCGCAUAUGAUGGAGAAUGCAAGUGUACACCAGGAUGGACCGGCCUCUACUGCACACAACGCUGUCCGUUAGGUUUCUAUGGUAAAGACUGUUCCCAGAGCUGUCAGUGUCAGAAUGGUGCAGACUGUGACCACAUCUCUGGGCAGUGUACCUGCCGCAGAGGCUUCAUGGGACGACACUGUGAACAAAGAUGUCCUCCUGGUACGUACGGUUUUGGCUGCCGACAGGUGUGCGAAUGCCUAAAUAAUUCCACCUGUGAUCACAUGACUGGGACGUGUUAUUGCAACCCAGGCUGGAAGGGAUCACGGUGUGACCAAGUUGGUGUCAUCAUUGUAGGCAACCCUAACAGUCUGACCAGUGCCGCGGUUCCAGUUGAUUCGUAUCAGAUUGGUGCCAUUGCUGGAAUUAUUGUCCUGGUGCUGAUGGUGCUCUUCCUCCUGCUCCUCUUUAUCAUUUACCGAAAAAAGCAGAAGGGAAAAGAGCCUGCAAUGCCUUCCGUCACUUACACCCCUGCCAUGCGGGUUAACACAGACUACACCAUUGCAGAUGCAGUACCGCAGACAAAUGAGGUUCCUCCCAACAGUAACUACUUCUCUAACCCCAGCUAUCACACUCUGGCCCAAUGCACCAGCCCACCUCAUGUCAACAACCUGCCUUAUGGAAAAGCGAAGAACAACCAAUUGUUUGUGAACCUGAAGAAUGUGGAGCAGAGAAAGAGGCCUUCUCUGAUGGAGCACACUGGAACAUUGCCUGCUGACUGGAAACAGGGCAGCUGCUUCAAUGAGCUUGGAGCAUAUGGAGUUGACAGACAUUACCUUGGAAAAUCUCUUCGAGAUCUGGUGAAAGGUGUGCCCUACCAUGCCAGCUCCUGCUCUCUAAACUCAGAAAACCCCUAUGCAACAAUUAAAGACCCUCCUCUCCUGGUGCCCAAGAACACAGAGUGCGGCUACGUGGAGAUGAAGUCACCUACGCAGAGAGACUCUCCUUAUGCAGAGAUACACAACUCCAGUCCUGCAAACAAAAACGUAUAUGAAGUUGAGCCAACAGUUAGUUCAGUCUACACAUCUGCCAACAACAACUGCAACGGACCAUUUGGCCAGGACCCGUACGACCUACCAAAGAACAGCCACAUCCCCUGUCAUUAUGACCUGCUGCCCACGCGAGACAGCACGCCGUCCCCCCUCAAAGAGCUGCAAAAUGAAUGAGCUCUUAGAGACCUGACCAAAACACACCAUUCCCACUGCGACAAACACACCUUCUGUGGUUCCUUCAGCCUCAUUAGUGGCUUAUUAUACACUUUCUGCAUAUCUCCACAUCAGUAUAUUACUCGUUUUUAUUGUCUUUUUUUUUUUUUUUACAGCCCUUUAGUUUUUUUUUUUUUUUUACUGUUGGGAUAAUCAUUCUUAAUCUUGUUCUUUUCUUACAAUAAGAAGCAUAUUUAGAUUUUUAUUUCCUGAACAUUUCUCUCAGUUGAACACAUAAGAAAACCCAUAUUGAAAAUAAAAUGGAGGGAUUUACAUGAAAGAGGUGAUGUGACAUAGCAGAUUUCCACAGUAACUUUUCUCAAACGCAUCAUUCCAUUGAUGAAAACAUAUCAUUUGGAAAUACAGAGUGAACCUCAAAUUUAUUUUUGUAAAAUAAAUAUAACUGUUCUGAGACUUAUUCAGUAUUUGAUGUUGGAAAGGAGGCUGGACUGUGUUUGUUGCUUUGUGUUUUUAUUUUUAUUUUUUGCUUCUUUUUUUUUUUUUUUGCUUUUUGUUUUUUUGUUUUUAGAGGAGUUUAUAUUACCACCAUCUGUGUUGAGAAUUUGUGUUGUCUGUGCAACAUUGCAUUAUCACUGCUGUUUUAGGAACUAGAGAUGUACCAAUCUGAUACUGAAUAUAUAUUAUCAGGGCUGACUUUGGUCUAAACUGCUGGAUUGGUAUUGGAUUUGACAGCCAAUCAUAUGGCGUCAGUGCAAUGCAUAAAAUCAUGAAGAUAUAGGUCAAGCGCUUCAGUUAAUGUUCACAUCAAACAUCAGAAUGGUAAAAAAGUGAUCUCAGUAACUUUGACCGUGGCAUGGUUGUUUGUGCCAGACAGGCUGGUUUGAGUAUUUCAGAAAUUAGAAAAAGACGAGGGGAUGUUUUUCAAAUUUUCAACCCUCCAGUUUUGGUGAGCCUGUACACACUGUAACCUCAUAUUCCUAUUCUUGGCUGACAUGACUGGAACCUGAUGUGGUUUUCUGCUUACCACAGUUGAUUAUUUAAGUUACUGUAGCCUUCCUGUCAGCUUGAACCAGUCGACCAAGUCUCCUCUUACCUCUCUCAUCAGCAAGGUGCUUCCUUCUGCAGAACUGCCACUCACUUGAUGUUUUUUUUGUUUUUCGCACCAUUUCUGAAAUACUCAAACUAACCCGUCUGGCACCAACAAGCAGGCCACGGUCAAAGUCACUGAGAAUAUUUUUCUCCAUUCUGCUGUUUGAUGUGAACAAUAAGUAAAGCUCCUGGCCUACAUCAUGAAUUUAUGCAUUGCUCUACUGCAGAAUAAUUAGCUAUAAUUAGAUCGUUGCAUGGAUGAGCAAGGGUACACAUGUUCCUAGGAAAGUGGCCAAUGAGUAUAUUUUCUGAUCCGCUGACAUUUUAUGCCAUGAUUGCCAUUUAUGCACCGACAUGUUGGCUGAACACACAGAUCGUGGCUCGGCUCGACAUCAGUAUCACAUCAGUACCAGGUAUCGUUAUAUUGUCAGACUCUGAUAUUGGCAUCAUACUGAAAAUGCAAAACGUGCCAUUCAGUGCAUCCCUGUUAGGUUUUGUUAUCUCUUACCAUUUUAUCCAUACUAAAUUUAACCAAAGGUCAAUGUGCCAUAAUUAAUGUUUUGUUGCUUCAUCUAUAUUGACUCUUUUGGUAUUUAUUAGACAAGUGUCCUUCAGUUCUGUCCUGCGUAGCCCUGGGUGUGCACUCACUAAAUCACUAAUACUGUAAUCCCAAUUACAGUAACACACCUUUGUCUGUAAUAACUUGUUUGUUUUUAUCCAAGACCAGUGUUUACGUUAGGUGAAUAUUUUGACCUUUUACAUAAUUUAUCAUCACCAGGCAGCAUAAUACAACCUUAAUACAAGAUUUGAUAUAAAACACUUAAAAAGGAAUGAAAAUGCUUAAGCUGGACUUUUGCAGUGAAGUUGAAAUGUGUUGUUAACAUCAGUUCUAGGUCAAAGGUUUUGUUUCAUUUCGACACAUAACCUUUUGAAAGUUUUCUGUAUUUAUACGUUACGUAAAGGUUUGCAUUGAAUGGAACACAGACAGCCGACAGUCUUAAUCAUCUCUGAGCCAGGUGUUACAUUUGUAUAAUAAUAAUAAUAAUAAUAAUAAUAAUAAUACGCAUUUGUAUAAUUGUACAUAGCUGUUACUUAUAGAAAAAAAGCCACAGGAUAUAAGACACUAUGGGAAGUGCGUGAAAAAUACACUCAAUACCAUGUGGCCAGUUUGUAAUGUUAAUUGGUAUUUCAUUAAAAACUCUGCUACAUGUCGUUAUUUAGGGUCCGUUACAAUAAAAAGAAGUCCCGUUUACAAAUUUCACUCAUUAUAAUCCCUUUUAGUAAACCAUGUCAGUAACUAGUACAGGGGCAUUUUUUUUCCAUCUUUUUUCAGUGGCCCAAUCUCUCUGGCUUUAAUGCUAAGUUCUUUUUUUUUUUUUUUUUUUUUUUAAAGUUUGAAAUACCUUUUUAACAGGACAGAUGUGGUUGAGGAAUAUUACCAUUCAAUAUUAUUCAAAAUGGCAUUUCUAUAUUGAUCAAUUUUUUUUUAAGCUCUUGUCUUCACAGUAAUUAGAAGUUGACAGAUUAUGGUUCGAAACUCCAGUGCAGACUUGUUUUAACAGAACUGGAAGGUUAUAUAAGUGUUAUGUAAAUAUAUCUUUAUUUUCCUUAAUAUUGUGUGUUUUAUAAGAACAGAAUGAAAUUGCACAGUUGUCAUCCUCUUCCCCAAAGAACACCCAUGACAAUGGUAUUUGCCUCCAUAGUCCCACUUUUCUUACAUGCUUUGUUUUGUAUUUUAUUUUUCUGUAGUGUAUAUGUACUGUAUGUGCAAUUUUGCUUUACAAUAAAAUGACAAAAUGUG